ACAUAGGUAUACGGUAAAUGCAGAUUUUCGCGAGUGAGCAAUCUUCGUAAUCAUUACUCUUACAUGCUCCGCAUACGCGCAUGCUGCGCUAAGUGCAAAGAUAUUUGAAGUGCCGAUCGAAAACGUGAAUCACUGCCUUCUGGAUUUGGCGAACAAUCAGAAAUAAACACCAUUUGAUAUAACUUUGUCGAUCCUGCUCGAUAAACGAAGAUGAGAGCACUUGUAUUUUACCCAAGCCUUGCCUGUGUGAUGCUUGUAUCGAUGUCCCAUGCCUUAUCUAAAGAUGAAGUUCCAGCUGAUCCUGUGUAUGACAAGUAUGAAGAUAUGAUUGAAUUGCCUGGAGGAAAGUUCACGAUGGGGUCAUCGAAAGCAGAUGGUAAAGAUGGAGAAGGUGUCCAGAGAAAGGUCACCGUGAAACCUUUUAAAAUCAACAAGUAUCCUAUAACUUCUGCAUCAUUUAGGAAAUUUGUGAGAGCAAAGAAAUACAAGACCGAUGCUGAGAAAUACACAUGGAGUUUUGCAUUUGAUGCUUUUGUUCCUGAGGAUAUUAAGAACACGAUUGAGCAAAGAUUACCUAGCGCACCAUGGUGGAUUCCUGUUCAGAAUGCUUAUUGGAGACAGCCAGAAGGUAAAGGAAGCGGGAUUGAGAAGCGAUUGAACUAUCCAGCCGUUCAUAUCAGUCAAGUCGAUGCGAGAACAUUCUGUCAGUGGCAUGGAUGGAGACUACCAACGGAAGCAGAAUGGGAGUUUGCUGCAAGAGGGGGUCUGGAAGGAAAAGAAUAUCCAUGGGGGAACAAAUAUGAAAAGAAUAGGAUGAACAUAUGGCAGGGCAAAUUUCCUGAAGAAAAUACCAAAGCUGAUGGUUAUCACGGCGUUGGUCCUGUAGAUGCUUUCCAACCUCAAAAUGAGUAUGGUCUAUAUGAUAUGAUUGGUAAUGUUUGGGAGUGGACGUCAACUAAAUUCAGUGCUAAUCCCAGUUCAAAAGACGAUGCCCCUUCCCCAGGAGGUGAGGACCCCUCCAAGACCCGCUAUGUCCUGAGAGGGGGGUCAUAUAUCGACUCAAAGAACGGGAAGUUUAACCAUGCUGCUAGAGUCACUACAAGGAUGGGUAAUGAAGCAGAUGCCGGCUCGGAUAAUUUAGGAUUCCGCUGCGCUGUUUCGUUACCUACUGGUACUAGUGAGAAGAAGCCGAAGGGAAAGAAGAAGAAUGCAGAUAAAAUUGCGAAAGAGCAGACAGUUACAGAGCUUCCUGAAGGAGCAAAGGUUGUACGACCAAACCCAGCAGAUUUAAAUGGAAAAGGAAAAAAGAAGCAGAAUCGAAAUGAACUAUAAUGAAACUUUAUUUUAUUAGAUUUGUUAUCAACUAAUUCAAUUUUUUUAGCAAUAAGAUCAGAGAAAGAGGUUUUCAGUACUGUCUUUUUUAAAGAUUUGUUUCUAUUUCAUUUGAAAAUUAUUUUAAAAUCUGGGGAUAUAUAGAGUUAACUAACAAUUUUCAUGAUGCAUUGGAAAAAACUGAAAAAAACAAUCCAUUAAUUGUCCAAAGUAUGAGGCACUUCUUAUGGUAAAAGCUGUGCCGGAUUGCUUGACUUUAUUCAGUCUAUGUUAAUUUUUCCUUUUGCACAACUACUUCAAAAAGAAAAAGAGUAAACUUUAUGCCAAGUUAAGAAUCCUCAAAAUCCCUGUAAAACUUACCUGUAUCUUCUCACAAAUAUGAUAGUUCUUGGAAUUUGAAAAUAUUUAGAAUUUGAAUUAAAGUUCAAACAUUUUCAUAUGGACCAAUGUUAUUGAAAGGAGGGAAAAAAUUCAUGUUUUUUUUUUCCAGUUUAAAUUGAAGGUGAAAGAAUUCAUGUAGUUUACAUUUAUUACUUAAAGUCAAGUACAUGUACAUGCAGAUUAAUAAAUAAAAAACUCCCAUGAAACUUCAAUCGCUAGACAGAUAUUUAUUUCUCGUUUGUGUUGUUUUUGUGGCAAAUGCCACUCUUAUUUUAUGUUUUGUCUUCUAAAGGUGCCUUUAACAUUUUACCAAAGUGAAACCGGUUUGUCUGGUAAAUUUUUGAAAAUUUGAAAUACACCUUUAUAUUAAAUUAUUAUUUUGAAAAGUAUAUCAUCAAAUAAUGUUCUUUCCUAUUUAAAAUUUUAAACAUUAAAGUUAGGAUAGGAAAAAGGGCCAUUAGCACAUUUUGACAUUGUAGGUUGAAUACUGUCUAAAUAGGGUUUUUUUUUUUUUCAUUGUGCUUUUCUAUUUUAUUUUUUUGAAUGGCCAUGCCUAUAUAUGGUGAUGAAAAGCUCAGCAACAUUUUUUAUGCCUUUUAUCCCAUUAACUUUGUACGCAAAAUAAUUUUUAAGCUUUAUUCAAUUAUAUGUGACGGAGGAAAUUUGAAAAAAAUUAUCCCUUGUCCACUUAGAAUCUUACAUAUUUGCCUUUAUUUUCAAAAGCUUUUGAUAAGCUUUUUAAUAAAUUGCUUUUGUGGUAUGUGUAGCAGUAUUUUUUGGUCCAUUCCAGUGCAGUAUAGUGUAUUUAUAUACUAGAAGUUUUCUGGUCAUCAUUAUGUCAUCAAUUCAGUGACCACAAUUUUAUUUCUGAAUGUACAUUAUAUUAUAUUUGUGUUGUUAACCAUUGAGUAUACUUCUAUGAAGAUGUUGGUUUGGAAAGUUUCUCGCAAAUAAUCCAAUAUUUUUGUUUGCCCAUGAUUUUUUUUUUAAUGGGGAAUGGGGGAGGGAUGGUUCUGUAACCUAUCUAAUAAAUGCCUAGCUAAAGCUGUACCCCCUUUGAGGUUCGAAACUUGUAUCCACUUGCUUUGCUGCAUGUGGGAUUUCACAACUGUUAAAUUGUACCCCCCAUUGUUUUGUAUAUACCAAAUGGGAAGUGAGAAGAAUCUUUGGAAUUUUUGUGUAAGGGAAAUCCAACCCAAAUGGAUAUUGUUAAAAAACAGAAAAUAAGAGAAGCAGAUAGCUUAAGCUACCACGUUUCCUUUUGCUCAAUACACAAAAUCAUUGAAAUGAUAUCCUCUUGAAAUAUGUUACUUAAAAUUAUAUUUUUAUUUUACGAGGAUACAACAUGCCAUUUCGAUGUAUGUGAUAUUUGAUCACUUCGCUAGAUACCAGGUAUAAAUCCAAUGCUUCCUUUUGCCUAUAUUUAUAGGGACUACUUUAUACUUCAUCAGUGCAAUUUCUGUAAUAUGUGUUUAAAGUGAUUUUUCACUAUAUUUUCAUUCAUUCGGUCAUUUCGUUUAUUUCUAUUUCCAACUAUGACAGUAGAAUAUCAUUUUUUUUAAUGUAGAAUAGGUAGUUUCACUUUAACUUUAUAUUUGAUAAAUGGUAUGUACACCAAUCAACUUAAAACCCAUAAUACAUCGUCAUCAGGGAAAGUUCUCUUUAAUGAGCCAGUGAAGAAGUCCCGCAAAACCUGGUUCUGCGCAAUAAAGCACUUGAUAAUACUCUUGUGAUAUCCCCUUGUCACCAAAUUUGCAUCACAGAUCUAAAGCUGCCCAUUUUGAUGCAAAGAGAUUAUUUCUUUAAACUAUAUAAAACAAAAAAUAGAUCAUUUUUGUUAUAGGGCUUACAGGGCUAGAGCUAGGUGGUCAGGUAACAGUAUUAGAUUCAUGCGUUUCAUAAAUCUAUAUUAUGGUAAUACAAGUGGAGAGUCAUAGUCAUACAUGUAUGUAAAUCAUCACCUUGAAUAUACGAUGGAUGUGCGUGUAGGUACUGUCAACAUCUGUUAUUUUUUCUGACUCCUUUUAAAUAAAUUUACAAAUUGAAUCAUGAAUUCAAAUGUAAUGUGGAAGUCAAAAUAUGUCCCCACGACUCCCUGUGCGUUCAUGUGAAUUAUAAUCAUGUGAUAUAACAAUAAUAUGAAUGAGCCCUGGUAUACUUGUACAUGUAGGUGCAGCAAAUAUUAGCCUAACAGAGUGCUAACAGUAAGCCCAGUUAAGUCAAAACAUUUAUUUUAAUGUGUAAGUAAUGCAUUGUAGCAUCGCUGCCACAAUAACCGGUUGUAACAGGGCCUCUGUUAGCACAUUGUUAGCGCUAACAAUGUUUCUGUGCGGUCGGUACAGACUAUUACUGAAGGCAAAAGUCAUGUGGGUGUUUCAUAGAGUUCGGAAGUUACAAGCAACUUUGCGAAGAGUGUGGGAUAUGGGUACCAAUAACCUGGGGUCCAUUUCACAAACGACUUUAAAUUAUGGUCACUUCAUGCUAACUUCCAUGUAAAUCCUGAGUUUGAUUGGCUGCUGAGCCCUGUUACCAUGGCAAUGGCCAAAAUGGCAAAGUUUCCUUUAGGCACCUUGUCAAAAGUAUAAGCCUUAUCUUUUCCGCAGGAGUCUUGCAAGCAGCUGUUCAUUAUACAUGUAAACCAUCGCAUUCAACAUAGAUAAUAAAAUGGGGACUGCAGGAAAGCUGCUAUGAAAAGAUGCUGGAUUCCUUCUAGUAGACACUGCACCGACUUCUGACAAGUGGCCUUGUAGUUAAUAAUAUUGGCAUCUGAUUUCUGUCUCAGAAUUGACCUGUUUAGAUGUUUUCAUUUGAAUAUCAGUAUUGAAAUAUAAUAUGUAUUAACAUAAGAAAUGUAUACAAGUACCAGAAGAGGCUAAGCAGAUAUAAUCAUGUUAUUUUGUACAACCAACAAAUAAAUAUUAAUUUUCAUUCUUA